UGAUGGAGUCUACUCCAUUCGAAUUUUUUAUUUGCUUGGAGGUUAAGACUUAAGAGCGUUAUAUUUAUGGUCGCCGGUGAUGCCGACGCCGGUUAGCGCUGCGAGGCAAUGCUUAACUGCCGAGGCUACGCACGCGCUCGACGAGGCGGUCGCUGUCGCGCGCCGCCGUGGGCAUGCACAGACUACGUCUUUACACGCCGUUUCAGCCUUCCUCGCGCUGCCUUCCUCGGCACUGCGUGAGGCUUGUGCCCGUGCGCGCAGCUCUGCUUACCCGCCUCGGCUUCAGUUCAAAGCUCUUGAGUUGUGCUUCGGUGUUGCACUCGAUCGUCUUCCUUCCUCCCAAGCGUUAGAUGAGCCUCCCAUAUCCAACUCUCUGAUGGCCGCUAUUAGACGCUCGCAAGCGAAUCAGAGGAGAAACCCGGAGAGCUUUCAUUUGUUUCAGCAGCAGCAACAACAGUCGUCUAUGUCCUGCGUCAAGGUUGAGCUUCAGCAGUUGAUAUUGUCGAUUCUCGAUGACCCGGUUGUUAGCAGGGUCUUUGGGGAAGCUGGUUUUCGUAGCUGCGACAUCAAGUUGGCGGUUCUUCGCCCACCUCCACCACUCGUUCGGUAUCCUCGUUCCCGGUGCCCACCUCUUUUCUUAUGUAAUUUAACUGGGGUUGACUCUGAGCCGGGUAGACGGAAUUUCAGUUUUCCAUUCUCUGGGUUGUCGGGAAUUCCUGUCUAUGCGGAUGGAGAUGAGAACAGCAAGAGAAUUGGGGAGGUUCUUGCAAGGAAGAAGGGAAGGAAUCCAUUGCUUGUUGGGGUCUACGCAAACGAUGCCAUGCGGAGUUUCGGGGAUUGCAUAGAGAGAAGGAAAGGAGGCGUUUUACCUGUAGAAGUGUCUGAACUGAGCUUCAUUUGUAUGGAGAAGGAGGUCUCGAAGUUUAUCACGGAGAAUGGGAAUGAGAGGUUGCUCGGUCUGAGGUUUGAGGAGGUAGGUCGAUCAGCAGAGAGUUCUUCCGGGUCUGGUGUGAUCGUUAGCUUUGGAGACUUAAAGGGAUUCGUUGCUGAUGACUCGGUUCAUGAUAUGAGCUAUGUAGUUUCCCAACUGACGAGUUUGUUGGAACUUCAUCGUCAGAAACUGUGGUUGAUGGGGGCAGCAGCCAGUUAUGAGACUUAUCUGAAGUUCCUAACAAAGUUUCCUUCCAUAGAGAAGGACUGGGAUCUACAGCUCCUGCCCAUCACUUCUCAUAGGCCCUCCUUCGGAGGACUCUACUCACGGCCCUACAGCUUGAUGGAAUCAUUUGUUCCAUUUGGUGGAGUUUUUUGCACAUCAUCAGAUUUGAAGGGCCCAUUAAGCAGCAUAUGUGAAGCCAUAUCUUGUUGUCACCUAUGCAAUGAGAAGUAUGAACAAGAAGUUUCUUCUAUUCUGAAGGCUGGCCACACUGUUUCAGUUGCAGACCAGUACCAAUCAAGCUUGUCUUUCUGGCUGCAGUCACCUGAACUCACAACAAGCAAAGGAUUGGAUGUUGUAAAGGCCAAAGAUGAUGGGACGGUCUUGAAAGCUAAAAUUAUAGGUCUGCGAAGGAAAUGGAAUGAUAUUUGCCAGCGUCUUCACCAAAGCCAUGCAAUACCCAAAGCUGAUAUAUAUCAGGAUGGUAACGAAAGACCUGGGAAUCAGAACAGUGACGGUACAGUUGCAUCUCAGAAUGAAAGUGGAGGUGAAAAUGUUUUUCCUUUCAUUUCCCUGGACAGAGCUCCCCUGCCACAACUGAAUGUGCCAGUUAUGUUGGUUUCUGAAACUAAGAGUGACAGUUUCCUAUCAAAACUACAGGUUAAACAUUCAAACGAUGCAAGUAAUCAGAACAGUGACGGUACAGUUGCAUCUCAGAAUGAAAGUGGAGGUGAAAAUGUUUUUCCUUUCAUUUCCCUGGACAGAGCUCCCCUGCCACAACUGAAUGUGCCAGUUAUGUUGGUUUCUGAAACUAAGAGUGACAGUUUCCUAUCAAAACUACAGGUUAAACAUUCAAACGAUGCAAGUAAUCAGAAAGAGGGCGUCAUGUCUGCUUCAUUCCCAUUGCCACAUUGGAGCGUACCUGAUGGUCAUAAGUCACCUUCGUCUGCAACUUCUGUAACAACAGAUUUAGGACUGGGAACACUCUAUGCAUCUAAUCAUAAGGAGAUGAAGAAACCAACAUUGGAACCUGAUGAUAGGCAACUGCAGAACUGCUCUAGUUGCCUUUCUGCUGAGCUUAAUGUGGUCAAUGGGAAUGUUUUAAACCCUCCUGCCCGAUCUUCCCCUUUCACUGCUCCUGAUUUGAGUGGACAGCUUGAUCCAAGAGAUUUCAAGAAUUUGUGGAGAGGUCUUACUGAAAAGGUUGGUAGGCAGGAUGAAGCUAUAUGUGCUGUUGGUCAGACUGUAGCUCGCUGUAGAAAAGAAAGCGGAAGACGCCGUGGUCAAAACCUGAAAGGAGAUAUAUGGUUCAGUUUCCUUGGACCCGAUAGGGUUGCAAAGAAGAGAAUUGCCUUGGCCCUUGCAGAAGUGAUAUUUGGCAGCAAAGAAAACCUAAUCUGUGUGGAUUUGAGUUCCCAAGAUGGGAUUACCCAUUCUAGCAUGGUCUAUGGUCACCAAGAAAUGAAUGGAUGUGAUGUGAAACUCAGAGGGAAGACAGUUACUGAUUAUAUUACUGGGGAGCUAGGCAAGAAACCAUUGUCAAUUGUCUUCCUUGAAAAUGUAGAUAAGGCUGAUUUAUUGGUCCAGAAUAGCUUGUCCCAAGCUAUAAGGACUGGCAAGUUUUCAGAUUCACAUGGAAGGGAGGUCAGUAUCAAUAAUGCAAUCUUUGUGACAACAUCAAGAAUUAUUAAGGGUAAUAAAAACUUCUUUUCUGGGAAGGAAUCUGUUAAUUUCCCCGAGGAAAGAAUUCUAGGAGCUCAAGGUCUGCAAAUGCAGAUGUUACUUGAAUGUGUUCUCGAGGAUACUGCAGGAAGAAAUAAUCCAAAUGUGUUGAUUAAUUCAAGAAAAAGAGGCCUAUUGGUUGUGAAUAAGCGGAAGCUAAGUGGAACUGGUGACCCCAAAGAGCAAAAUGAGACCUUGGAGAUGACCAAGCGAGUCCACAAAGUUUCACAUUCAUAUCUAGAUUUGAAUCUUCCCAUAGAAGCAAUGGAAGCAAAUGACAUGGAUUAUGGAAGCUGUGACAGUGACUCUGUAUCAGAAAACUCAGAGGCCUGGUUGGAAGGUUUUCUUGGUCAAGUUGAUGAAACAGUCAUUUUCAAGCCAUUUGAUUUUGAUGGUCUUGCUGACAAAAUAUUAAAGGAUAUAAGUGAGAGCUUCAACAAGGUGAUUGGUCCUGAUAGUCUGCUGGAGAUUGAUUCAGAAGUCAUGGAACAGAUACUUGCGGCUGCUUGGUUAUCAGAUAAGAAGAGAACAAUAGAGGAUUGGGUGGAUCAGGUACUGGGAAAAUGUUUUACUGAGAUACGGAAAAGGGAUGGCUUCUCUGCUGGGUUUGUUCUGAAGCUUGCUCCUUGUGAGGGUGUCCUUUUGGAGGAGCAAACAUUUGGUAUCUGCCUUCCUGCACGAAUUAUUUUGAACUAGCAUGUAUAAAAUGCUUUUGUAAUUAGAUGUAUAAUGUAGCUAGCUUUUAGCAUCUUCAAGUCUGGCUGGCCCGAUGAUCCCAUGGUUUUAUUGGGGUUCUUCUUUUUCGGGCUGUGUGUGUAUUAUUAUCAAUUGGCAUUUAGAGAAUGUACGGUUGGUUCUAGUUUAUGUCUCAAGCAGCUAUUUAUUUCAA